AUGUCGCAUGCAUGGAAUGUUUUCGGAAAAAAAUUCGGUCGUGCAGUCGUUUAUGUCUCGCAGUCCAAAUGCAUUUAUGAAAAUUUAGCAUUCGAAGAAUGGCUUUUGAGAAAUUUCAAUAUUGAAAGGAAUGGUGAAGUAUUGCUACUUUGGAGCAAUUCUCCGAGCGUAGUUAUUGGUCGCCAUCAAAUACCUUGGCUUGAAGCAAAUUUGACAUAUAUGAAACAAAAUCAAAUAAAAUUGGCUCGACGUCACAGUGGUGGCGGUGCAGUUUAUCACGAUCAAGGUAAGUUAAUAAAAGCCUCAGUAGAAUCUAAUAAGCGCGAUGAUUUGCUUUUACAACCUGGUGAUCGAAAAAUAUCCGGUACAGCUGCUCGAAUAGUUCAUGGUCGAGCAUAUCAUCAUUUGACUUUACUCGUUGAUGUGGAUCUUUCCAAGCUUCAUAACUCUCUGAAGUCGGAAUAUGCAAAGCAAAUAAUAACUAAUGCUACGACAAGUGUGCGAGCAGCCGCAGUUGGAUAUCUUUCUCAAGAAAGAGACGUUAAUGUGGGCACUAUUGUAAAUUGUUUAGUUUCUUCCUUCCGAAAUCAAUACAUGGUAAGUAUAAAAGUAAAUAAAUCUCUAUCCCUUAAUUUGAUACGGAUGGUAGAAAAAUUUUUAUCAGAGUUUUUGGUUUAUAUAAAUAUUUGUUAUAUGUUCAUUUCUCUUCUAUUUGAGGACAGUGAUGUAUAUAAUAUGGUCAAUAUUAAUAAUGAGCUACUUUUUCCUGGUAUCGCUGCAAACAUCAGUUCUUUACGCAGUUGGGAAUGGAUAUAUGGAAAGUCACCAAAGUUUACCUUGAAUACACCUAACAAUACUUUCUUUAUAGAUCGAGGUAAAAUUCAAGCUGUAGAUGGGCCCAAGAAAAAUUUUAUUGGUCUUACUUUAGUUGAUGAUCUUUCAUCGUUGUACCACUAG